AUGUUGCUUUCUACUGCGUCUUUGGCUGAUUUCGCCACAUGGGAAGAAGCCUGGGACGACUAUUCAGCGUGCCAGCAACUUGCUUCCCAUGGCUUGAACACCAGAGUGAGCGCCCUUCGUCAAGCGUUUGACGAGGACCUCCGCCGCUUUCUCCGCGAGGGUAUCAUCCCCAUCGGUGCAAACGACGAUGUUCAUGUUAUCAUCGCCGCAGUCAAAAAGUAUUUGCGACGUUUACAUAAUCCUUUGUUGGACAGACUAGCAUUUUACAAUCGUAAGCAGUCCAGAGCUGAGCCGUUUGACGCGUUUUACACCUCCCUGAGAGAGUCGUAUAAUGCAUGUGAUUUUCCGGACUUAUCACUAUGCACUACAUGUUCGGGCCAAAUAUGCGGAGUGUGCAAGUCCAUCCUACAAAAAGUCACACAUGAUGUACUGCGUGACCGCAUUGUCGUCGGAAUAUCCAACGAGGAAACCCGACACAAGUUGCUUGCCACACCAGACCUGACCCUGGAUGCAGCCAUCAAACUUUGCCGUGCGGAGGAAGCAGCGUCUGACACCUCCCACAACAUUCCUGGGCAGGCGGCGCAUGUCAACGCCGCACGGAAGUCCGCGUACCAGCAGCAGAAGCGACAGUCUGCCGCUAACUCCUUUAAUAAGUCCUCUGCUGCUCCGAAAGCACCAGUUAAAUGUCCAAACUGUGGUCGUUCCCCGCACACCAAGUCUGCAUGUCCAGCCAUUGGGAAAUUGUGCAACGGAUGCAAAGUUGCUGGCCAUUUCCAAUCAAUGUGCCCGAAACGCAAGAAGCAAACUCAGAUUGGCAUGUUGAAGGUCCGGCGCACGCAGGAGUCCGGCUCCGACACUGUUCGACUUGCAACAAAGUUAUGCACGGAACCACAGCCAGUGCAGCUUCAAUGGAUCCCGGACACUGGGAGUGACAUCGAUGCAAUUGGCAUCCGGCAACUUUCCCUGCUCGGCGGAUUCGUUGAGAAUCUCGACAGUGACUUUGACGACGUCCGGACAGCGAGUGGCGACAAGCUCGUAACUGUCGGCAAGAUUUGUGUCACUCUCCAGGUCAAUGACCAAUCACAUGACAGCGUGCUCCAUGUUUUUGACGGUCUUGACGACGCACUGCUGUCACGUUCCUCAUUGAGAGCGCUAAACUUCUUGCCGCCUGGCUGGCCCCAGCAAGUCGCACGUGUGAGCGCUCCUCGUACGCCCAGCCCGACAGACCUCGUGAAAAUCCGAUCACAAUUGCUAGAGGAGUUUUCCGACGUAUUUGACGACAGUACUCUCAAACCAAUGUCUGGGCCCCCGAUGGACAUCGUUCUUGAACCCGAUGCCAAGCCUCACCGUGUGUACACUGCCCACCCGAUCGCCUAUGCUUACCGCGAGAAGGUCAAAGCUCAGCUGGAUGACAUGGUCUCUGAAGGCAUCGUUGAAACUGUGUCCGACCCGUCUGAUUGGUGCCACCCAAUAGUCAUUGUUGACAAGAAGGGCUCAACUGAGAAGCGGCUGACUGUCGACCUGCAGACACUGAACCGCCAAGUCAAACGGCCAACACACCCUAUGCGCAACGCCCGCGAAUGUCUCUCUGCCAUGGGUCCUGCCACGUAUUUCACCACCCUUGACGCAAGUCAUGGCUAUUGGCAAAUCCCAUUGACUGAGGACGCCAAAGCCCUAACCACGUUCAUCACCCCAUGGGGCCGAUACAGAUUCUGCCGCAACCCGCAAGGCCUGGUGUCGGCCGGUGAUGAAUUCAACCGUCGGACUGACUCUGCAUUCGAUGGCUUGCAGAACUUCUUCAAAAUCGUUGACGAUGGUCUCGUUCACAAUGUAAGCUUCGAUGACCACCUCGUCCACGUCCGUGCAGUCUUGCAGAGAGCCCGUGCUCAUGGUAUUACUCUCAGCGCCAAGAAGUUCACCUUUGCUGCCAGCACUGUUGAAUUCUGUGGCUUCACCGUGUCCUCUGACGGCUACACUGUGGACCCCGCCAAGACGUCAGCCAUUCAGAACUUCAGCACACCCAGCAAUCGCACCGACUUGCGUUCCUUUCUCGGCCUGCACGGCAAUGCACUCCGGCUUGAGACAGACGCUUCAGUCCUGAACGGCCUCGGGUACGCACUUUGGCAACUCCAAGACGACAAGUGGCGCCUGCUUCAAUGUGGCAGUCGCUUUCUCUCGGACGCUGAAACACGCUACGCAGUCAACGAGCUUGAGCUGCUAGCAGCUGUAUGGGCCGUACACAAGUGUUCCCUGUUCUUGUCCGGUGCACCGUUUGAGCUCUGUACUGAUCAUCGCCCAUUAAUCCCGAUCCUGAACUCGUAUUCUCUUGACCAGAUCGAGAACCCCCGAUUGCAGCGUUUAACACUGAAGCUGCGCCCGUACCAGUUCGUUGCCAAAUGGCGCAAAGGCACCGACAAUGCCUUUGCCGACGCUCUCUCUCUGCAUCCAGUUGACACGCCUCACAGUGAUGAAGAAUUUGGCGAGAAUCCAGCCCUCAGUGCGCCCGCUGUUCGCGCGUGCCUACGUCAAGAUGAUGACGGCCAUAGCGUCGAUCUCCACUUCAGCGAGCUACUAGAAGCUGCGCGAGCUGACCCUGAUUAUCAAGCACUCGUGCACGCCGUUCGUCAUGGUUUCCCGACCAAUUCGGCUAAUGCCGACCCUGCUGUCAAGCCGUACUUGACAGUCCGUGAGCACCUCUCUGUGGACAGUGAUCUCGUCCUUAAGGGCCAACAUGUUGUCGUUCCUCGUGCCCUACGUUCUCGUGUCCUCCAGGACCUGCAUGCAGCACACCAAGGUCUCACCCGUGCUCAAGGUCGUGCCCGCCAAAUUGUGUUCUGGCCGAACAUCUCUAACGACAUCGCUAACACAGUCCGCAGUUGUGAGAUGUGCCGGCUGCAUGCCCCAUCCCAAUGCAAGGAGCCCAUCCGUGUUACCGAAGAUCGUCGCCCCACUCUCCCAUUCGAGUCCGUUAGUGCUGACCUCUUCUCAUGUCAAGGGUGGGAGUUCCUCGUCUAUGCAGAUCGCCACACUGAAGCAGUGGCGCCAUACAGAAAGAUAGGAAUGAGGCAGCAUUUAUAA